UUCGUUUUUCACAAACACCUACAAUAUCCAUCUCUAAUCUCUUUCACUUAUUAUUAAUUCCUUCAUCAAUGGCAGCAGAUCUUUCGUUCCCUGAACAAGAUGGUGCAGUCUCAAGAUCAAUUUCAGAUGCACCACCUGCACAUUGUAUAAUCAAAAUUCAGUUAUUUUCACAACUCGCAAAGAACAAUAUAGAGAGCUACAGUUCAAGUGAUUUCGAAGCUGGAGGCUACAAAUGGAAAUUGGUUGUUCACCCAAAUGGAUAUAAAAACAAAGGCAUUACAGAUCAUAUCUCCCUAUACUUGGUUCUCGCCGAAUCAAAUUCACUCAAUCCCGGUUGGGAGAUUCGAGCAUCUUUCCGUCUUUUUCUGCUUGAUCAGAACAAAGACAAUUACAUAACCCUCAAAGACACAACAGAACACGGGAGACGAUUCCAUGGAAUGAAACUCGAAUGGGGAUUCAAUAAGUUCGUCCCUCUCGCUGCCUUCAUGGAUCCUUCUAAUGGAUAUCUGGUCAACGACAAUUGCGUAUUUGGAGCGGAGGUUUACGUUUGUCGAGAAAAACUCUCAGGAAAAGGAGAAUGUUUAUCAAUGAUAAAGGAUCCAAUCACCUAUAAAAGCACUUGGAGAAUUGACAAUUUCUCCGACAUAACUCAAGAAACUGCAUAUUCCAAACCAUUCAGUUCUGCUGAUAAAAAAUGGAAGAUACAACUCUAUCCUAAAGGAACAGGCAGCGGCAAUGAAAGCCACGUAUCUUUGUAUCUGACAUUAGACGAAGCGGAAAAACUGCCCCCAACAGCUAAAAUAUAUGCGGAAUUUACCUUACGCAUAUUAGACCAACUUAACCGCAACCACGCUUCUGGAACUUCUAAACAUUGGUUCAGUGCAUUAAACCCGACAAGCGGUUGGGCGAGAUUCAGUUCCCAAGGUUAUUUUAAAUCGUCUGCAGCAGGUUUGCUUGUGAAGAACAUAUGCGUCAUAGAAGCAGAAGUCAAGGUUCAUGGGGUGGCUGUUGCUUUAUGAUCCUACUCAUAACAGCUAACUAUAAUUUAUGAAAUGAUGAUUCUGUUUAAUGCAUGAAAAAGCACUCUCUAUAUUACACACGUACGUGGUUUGGCAAAACAAUAAUGUAACGGAACUCCCUUGCGGAAUGGGCUUAUCAUCAUUUAUCCAUCCUGCAGAGUCUUUCAUACUC